AUGAAUAAAUUAACACCAAUUGUUCUCUACUGUCAUGGCCUUGGAGCAACAGCACAAAGCGGAAUUGCACUAAUUGCUAAAGAAUUUAUAGAAAGCCGAGGAUUACAAUUUAAAAGCAUUGAAUAUCGAAAUUUUGGAUAUAAAAAUUAUAUUUGGAACGUUGACGACUGGCUUAAUGAUUUAUUAAUAAAUAUUGAUGAAUGUAGUAAACAACAACGAUUAUCCUUACUUUUUGGUUGUAGUGCUGGUUGUCAUGGUAUACUUCGUGCUACGUUACUAAAACCGCAAGCUAUUUGUGGCCUAAUGCUUUUAUCACCUGGUGUAGGCCUAAGCUUAAAAUCAUAUAUUCACACCGUUAUGCCACAAUUUUGGGAAAAAAUUUUGGCUGAAAAAAAUGUCCCACAUCCGUCAAUUGCUAAACAUUUUCCGCCAAUUAUGGUCAAUCGACAAUGUCUGCAACAUUUUGUUGAUACUUGUGUAUGCAAUCGAAUGACAUCAAUUCCCAUUCAUUGCCCUGUGAGAAUUAUGCAUGGAUCUGAUGAUAAGAUAGUUCCAUUACUAAAUGUGAAAAAGUUUAAAGAGAAAUUAGAAAGUAAAGAUGUUAUCCUAUCGGCAAUUCAUGGUUCGGGCCAUUAUUUGCAACUUGCAACAGAAUUUGAAGAAUUAUUCGAUUCUCUUCUUUGCUCAGUGCAACAAACUGAUAACCGAAUAUUGUGA